CCGUGAAUCCCGAAUAUCAUCAAAUAGUUCAUUCAGCAGCCUGUUCUUGCACGUCGGAAAACCGUUUCUGGCCCUGAAACGAGAACAGAGCGCCACAAUACCGUACCCGUAGGUUACCCGGGGGUCUAGCGAUCAAUCCUUGUCGACAACAAUCGGUGGAGUCCGUCCUCUGCGCAACAUCUUUAGAUCUUGGAAAGUGAGGAUUUCUUGGACGUGGAUUGUUAAGUGCCAGCCAUGUCUACAGAUACGGCCUUACAGGUGCAUUCCUUGAAACAAACAGUGGAUGCGCUGUCGGAGAAAGUUGACAGGAACCACAGCGAAUUACUUGCCGCCGUUGGUAAGAAGAAGAAAAAGGACGAGGGAGAUGAGAACGAGGAACGCGGCAACUGGGGCAGCAAGAUCGACUUCUUCCUCUCAUGCCUGGGUUACGCCGUCGGCCUCGGCAACGUGUGGAGGUUCCCCUACCUGUGCUACCGGAAUGGGGGAGGUGCGUUCUUCAUCCCCUACACCAUCAUGCUGGGACUCGUGGGCAUCCCCAUCUUCUUCCUCGAGCUCUCACUCGGCCAGUUCACCAGCAGUGGACCCGCCACCUGCUGGAAGUUUGCACAGCUUUUCAGGGGUAUUGGUCUGGGCAUGGUGAUCGUUUCUUCCCUCGUCGCCGUCUACUACAACAUGAUCAUCGGCUGGGCCUUCUACUACCUGUUUGCCUCCUUCACGUCCAAGCUACCGUGGUCCGAGUGUGGGGAUUGGAGCUCAGAAUACUGCUUGGACCGUCUGCCGCUUCUGGAGAACUGUACCAUGAGGAACUGGACUGCCACCGUAAAUGGCACCUGUUUAGACGUGAACCGUACUCUCAUGGCACUCUACAACGAGACCCUAUCCAAAGAGACCAUGGGUAUUAAGAGGAAACUGCCAAGCGAAGAAUACUUGAACAACGUGGUGCUGGGAUCUGGCUUCAGCGACGGGAUUGGUGACCUCGGUCCUGUAAGGUGGCAGCUCGUCUUGUGUCUCCUCCUGGCCUGGAUAUUCGUGGCAGCCACUCUCAGCAAGGGCGUCAAAUCCUCCGGCAAGGUUGUUUACGUCACCGCAACCUUCCCCUACAUCGUUCUGAUCAUUCUCCUCAUCAGGGGUGUGUUGUUGGAAGGCUACGAGAAGGGAAUAGAAUUCUACAUCACACCUAAGCUCGACAGGCUCUAUGACGCCAGGGUGUGGAAGGAUGCAGCUGUACAGAUCUUCUUCUCGCUUUCGGCCUCAUGGGGAGGACUGAUUGCCCUCUCCAGUUACAACAAGUUCCAUAAUGACGCUUUCAGGGAUGCUCUGUUGGUUUCCCUUGGGAACUGCUUGACCAGUCUGUUUGCUGGUUUUGUCAUCUUCUCGUACCUCGGCUUCCUGUCCACUGACCUCAACAUGCCCAUAGAGGAAGUCGCGGAGAAAGGGCCCACGCUGACAUUUGUGGUGUAUCCAUUCGCUGUGACCAAGAUGCCCAUCUCGCCACUGUGGGCCAUCCUGUUCUUCAUCAUGCUGGUCACUCUGGGCGUGGACAGCGAGUUUGUCCUGGUCGAGACCGUCACCACCUCCAUCAUGGACAUGUUUCCCCAGACCCGGAAGUACAAGACCUUCACGGUGGUCACGUGCUGCGCCGUGUUCUUCCUGCUCGGCCUGACUCUCACCACUAAUGGCGGCCUGUACAUGCUUGACCUGAUGGACACCUACGCUGGUGGAUGGAACGUGCUGGUCAUCUCAGUGUGUGAAUGUAUCGCCAUCAGUCUCGUUUAUGGUGUGAGGCGGUUCCUCAAUGACAUUGAAUGCAUGAUUGGAAAGAAGGUGUGCGGCUUCAUCCCGUGGGUGAUCAUCAAGUACUGGUGGGCGGCCUGCUGGGUCUUCAUCACCCCCUUCGCUGUGACCUGUGUCAUGGUGUUCUCAUGGUAUGAUUACACCCGUUUGGAUGGCUACCCGCUAUGGGCUGACGCUCUAGGAUGGUUGAUGACAUUCGUGGUCAUCCUUGGCAUCUUUAUUCCUGCUAUCAUCUACCUCUGCAUCACACCAGGAACUUGUGGCGAGAAAUUACGGACACUGACGAAUCCACUGGUUGAAUGGGGUCCCGCCCUCGUGAAGCACAGACGCCUUGUGGCUCGCUACGUCCCGAAUUACGUGGUGGAUCCCUGGGGAAAGGAGGACCAGAAUGGCAUCGCACCUUCUGAUAUAGCUGUGGAGAUGCAAGAUGCACCUGGCUACACACCAAGUCCGGAAUACUACGCCCAGAAAAUGUGAGAACUACUACAGCAACGUCUACAACAGCUACUACAGCUAUAACUACAACGCAGCGAUCAACAUUCUCACGAUCACGUCUGUUAGUUUGGACAUAAGGGGCAAAUGCCAUUGCAUGGAAGUUGUGUGUCCAAGGAAGAUAACUAUUCAAGACCCAUAGAGCAUCAAGCAUGUAGCAUUUCCCCUUCUCUUGUGAGUUAACCUUGGAGAAGAGUUACGCCAUAACUGGUUUGGGAUACCCGUUAAUGUAUUGUAUAGUUACAAACAUGUCGACGAAACCCCAAUAAUUGUAAAUGCAGUGAGUGGAUGAUCACAUGUAAAUAUGUACAAAGUUGUUAGAACAUUCAAGUGCUUGAAGGUCAGGAUCAUUUGUCGGGUUGAGGUCGUUGCUACAUUUUUACAGGACUACAUUUGUUUUCACGUGUUACUUUCUUUACUGAUGUCAGAGCCAUUGAUUCCAUCGCCCCCAUUGACAUAAAAUCGCAAAAGCAACCGGGUUGUUAAGUCAUCAAGGAUGUUCCAUCGGGUGAAGCUGACAUGCAAGUUAUACUUGUAAGCAGAAGAGUGUUCAAAGCAGUGUAAAACCAAACUCACUCGGUGGAGCUAAGAGAAAGUGUAAAUCAAAGAAAACAUGAAAUUAUAGGUUUUUUCUCUGAAUGCAAAAUAUAAGAGUAUUGUCCCUUUCCAUACUCUACAAGCUCCUUCCAAGCGUGUGACACCUUUGUUACACUCUCGAUAACAGUGAGCUCAGCACAAGGGCUAUCGCUGUGAGGAGCUUGAUCAUUCUAAAUGUAAAUCUCGCAACUCAUCGGCUUUGGAAAUAAGGCGUCAUUAAUACAUUACAUUUGUAACGGAUGUAUUUGUAAACCAAGUAAAUCCUUGUCUACGCCUUAUAUAUGUUAUUGCACUGUAAGUUCUUAAAUGAUUGUGUCAGAUGUAGGCAGUGUUCUAUGGGGUAAGGCAUGUUGAAUGGUAUAUAUAUAUAUGCAAUAUUUGUACACAUACAUAUAUAGUUGGAACAAUGUAUUUUAGAUAAAAUCAUGAAAAAAUAUUUUCUUUCUAUGAAGCAAAGAUUUUAGAAUACAGGACUUUACUGAUCUAUAUAUGUUUACAAGAAGAUAGAUUUUUUUUAAACUUUUGUAAUAAAAAUCACAUACUUGUGUCAAA